CGCAGCGCUCGCUGCCUCCCUGGCGCUCACACGGCGAGUCGGGGCGCCAGGGGCGCAUGGCCCGCGGUGCGAUGGACCGGUGCGCGAACCACAGCCCCGCGGAUGAGACUAUCACAGCCCUGCGCCCUGACCGGUUGGCCAGCCUGGAGCUCCGGUUGCAGAGCCAGGAGGAGGAGCUGACGCUGGUGAAAUCAGCACUGGCUGACGCGCUGCGGAGACUCAGCCUCUACGACCAGCAGAUCCCACUCCUCACACAGCAGCUACUGGCAGCAAAUGAUGCCAUCCCAGACACCCAGCUGUUUCUGGAUCCUUUGCUGGGCCAUGGGGCAUCCUGGAUCCCACUGACAGCCAGCUGCAGCCCAGUGCCUGCAUCGGGAGUUGUGCACCAUGAGGAGUUGGGUGCAGGGAGCCUGCCAGGCGCCCCCAUCAGCACUGGGACCCAGACUGACGAGUCAGCCCUGCUGGACUUGAAGUGGGGCUGGAGCCCCAGCCACAGGACUCCUCUAGGGAUCGGGGUCGAGGCAGAAGAGCCAAACGCCCCAAGGAUGCCUCACAGUCCACUAGGCCUGGCCCAGCCAGCCUCAGCCCCCGACAUACUGGGAGCAGGCCCCCCCCCGGACUCCUCCGAGCCUCCCCACGACUGUGAAGCAGCCAUCCCACUUCAUGGCAGUGCAAAUGGCAGCCAGCCCCCUGAGAGUCAGCUCCAUAGGGAGGAGAUGCUAUCUCCGGAGCCCCCAUCCGAGGGGAGCAGCAGCAGCAGUGCCACGGCCUCCCCGGUGCCGGCGGUCCAUGCCCUGAAAGGCACCAGGAAAGAGCUCCUGCGCAGGAACAGCUCCUCCGACAAGCCUGACAAGGCCAAGGCCCGGCAGCGCCUUAGCAAGAAGGCAGCAUCCUCCGCCAACCUGCUCACGCGCUCCAGCAGCUUGGAGAACCGGAUGAAGGACCCUAACCUGAGCCCAGGGCCCUUGGGGUCUCGGCGUGGGACCUACAACCUUGAGGGCCUCUCGAUCAAGAUGUUCCUGCGGGGCCGGCCCAUCACCAUGUACAUCCCAUCGGGCAUCUCCCACUACGAGGAGCUGCGUGCGGAGCUGCCUGCUGAGCACCUGCAGCUCGACUGGGUCUAUGGGUACCGCGGCCGGGACAGCCGCUCCAAUCUUUACGUGCUGGCCUCAGGGGAGCUAGUUUACUUCAUUGCCUGUGUGGUGGUGCUGUACCACAUCCAGCACCGCAGCCAGCGCCACUACCUGCGCCACACCGACUGUGUGCGAUGCCUGGCCGUGCAUCCCGACAGAGUGCGUGUGGCCACAGGGCAGACUGCUGGAGUGGACAAGGAUGGCAAGCCCCUGCAGCCCUUUGUGCACAUCUGGGACUCCUCCACGCUGCUCACCCUGCAGCAGAUCGGCCUGGGGAGCUUCGAGCGGGGCGUUGGCUCCCUUGCCUUCUCCACUGCUGACCAGGGGGCCUAUCUGUGCGUGGUGGACGACUCCAACGAGCACAUGCUGUCGGUGUGGGACUGCGCCCGCGGCACCAAGCAGGCUGAGAUCAAGAGUACCAACGAGUCCGUGUUCACAGUGGAGUUCAACCCCCAGGACAGCAGCAACUUCAUCACCAGUGGGAAAUCCCACGUCUACUUCUGGACCUGGAGCGGCAGCACCCUGAGCAAGAAGCAGGGCAUCUUCGGGAAGUACAAGAAGCCCAAAUUCAUCCAGUGCUUCCUGUUCGAUGCAAACGGGGACGUGCUGACUGGGGACUCAGAGGGGAACAUCCUGACCUGGGCACGCACGGCCGCCGACAUCCGCACGCUGGGCAAGGGCGCCAAAGAGACCUACCAGAUCGGGCAUCAGACCCGGGCACACGAAGGCAGCAUCUUCUCGCUCUGCUUGCGGCGCGAUGGCUCGGUACUGAGUGGGGGCGGGAAGGACCGGCGCCUUGUGCACUGGAGCCCCAGCCUUGCCCUGCUUCAGGAGGUGGAGAUCCCGGAGCAGUUUGGAGCUGUGCGCACCAUCGUUGAGGGCCCCAGGGAUGAGCUGCUGGUUGGGACUACGCGCAAUGCGCUGCUCAGGGGCAGCCUGGCCGCUGGCUUCACCCCCAUCAUCCAGGGUCACACAGACGAGCUGUGGGGCUUGGCCACCCACCCCUCGCGGAGCCUCUUCCUCACCUGCGGGCAUGACAGGCAGGUCUGCAUGUGGGACAGCGGGGAGCACACGGCAGCCUGGAGCCUCACCCUGGAGGAGACUGGUCUCUGCGCUGAUUUCCAUCCCAGUGGCCGGGUGGUGGCUGUAGGACUCAACACUGGACGGUGGCUGGUGCUGGACACAGAGACACGGCAGGUGCUGUCAGGGGGCUCAGACGGGAACGAACAGCUCUCGGUGGUGCGCUAUUCACCAGACGGUGAGUUCCUGGCUAUCGGCUCCCACGACAACUUCAUCUACAUCUACAGCGUGGGGGAUGGGGAGCGCAAGUACAGCCGCUUCGGCCGCUGCACGGGACACUCCAGCUUCAUCACCCACCUGGACUGGUCCAAGGACAGCAAGUUCAUCAUGUCCAACUCUGGAGACUAUGAGAUCCUCUACUGGGAUGUGGCUGGCGGCUGCAAGCUGUUGAGGAACCGCUUUGAGAGCCGCGACCGAGAGUGGGCAUCAUACACCUGCGUGCUGGGCUUCCACGUUUUUGGUGUGUGGCCGGAUGGCUCGGAUGGCACAGACAUCAACUCCCUGUGCCGCUCCCACAACGAGCGAGUAGUCGCUGUGGCAGACGACUUCUGCAAGGUGCAUCUAUUCCAGUACCCUUGUGCCAGAGCCAAGGCACCCAGCCACGUGUAUGGGGGCCAUGGGAGCCACGUGACUAAUGUGCGCUUCACAAAUGAUGACAGCCACCUGAUCUCACUGGGGGGCAAGGACACCAGCAUCUUCCAAUGGCGGAUGCUUGGGGGCAGCCUCCCCCACAGCUGCUCAUUCUCCUCUGCCUCCCUCUCUUCCCAGGAGGCUGGGGGCUGUGCCUGAACUGGAUACACUGCAGGGACCAAACCUCAUUUGCCUGUGGGCCUGGGCAGCUCUGGCACAUGGACCCCAGCAAGCCAGGCCCAGCCAGAGGGUUCCCGCACCUCCUGGCACUAACGCGUGCUCAUAAUGCGACCUGCUUCAUUAACACUGAGGGGCAGGCCUGGAUUCUGCUCAGGGCCCAGCACAGGUCAGAGUGGUGGGGCAGGGCUGAGGGCCUGUUGGCAGCUUCCACCACCAGGGCCCAGGGGCUCAGCUGGGAGGGUGCUAGGAUUGGGGCUCUUGCCUUGAAGUCCUCAUUGCAUGAGGGCCGGGGGGAGGUGGGAUGUCUGGCAGGGGAACUCAUGGGGUUAGGGGGACUAUGUGGGUGUUAAUGGAGGCAGGCCGUCUUUAGGGCUGGGGCUGUCCCAUAUCCACCCUCACUCGGUUCCCCAUUCCCAGAAUGUGUGUACGAUGGGGCCUGUCCACCUGGGGGCAUUCUCUCUUCCCAGGGGCCUGAGGGCUUUCCCCAAUGCUGGGACCAAGCCUGGAGAAGCAGGACAUUGCUCUCCCCGCUUCGUUUACAUUCCUGGCUGCGCCAGAGCAGCAAGACGCUGAACACUGUGAGAGGCAGCAAUAAAGCCUUGGCAUCAGG